CGAUUACGUCAUAAGUGUAAUUUAGUAAUACUUAUUCGGAUUUAGGGAUGAUGGAGAAGAAGGUUUUGUCGAUAAAGAGGCUGCUGCUAUAACAACUUUAAAAUAAUAGCCUGGAAUAAUAAGUAGUAUUAAUAAGUAUGCAUUUUAAUUAAACGAGUUGUAGGAGUGUUGAUGACAGUCUUUUGUCACUCCCUCUCUCUUCUUUAUUCCUUGGAGUGGGGAUUCUUUUCCUUUUAAGUCAAUUCGUCAGUGUGUGGGUUUCUUGCUCAUAGUCAAGUUUUGUAGGUUAGGGGCCAAUAGUUUUGACAAUUAUCAUUUCUGGUAUGUAUUUUUCGUUGACAUUUAACUGUUUUUCACUUGCUGUUAUCUUUAUUCACUAGUUAAUAUCGCGUCCAUUGUAAAUUAUGAUUGUUUGAACUUUUAAUGAACCACCAGUGCCGAAAUGAAUCUCCAGAUGUUCCUAAUGUUUGGCUGGUCAUUGAUAGAGAUUCAUGUUGUUGAAUGGAACUAAUUUUCUUAUUUUUAUAAUGUCUCUAGUCAUUUUAUAAGGUGAUUUCGUACUUGUUUUGUUUUAAAAUAAAUUUUAGUGUCCUUCCUUUAUAUAUUGUAACCUUGGAAUGUUGAGCAUUUAUUGUCUAGUAUGAUCAGAACAUAUAUGCAACAAAACAGUGAAUGGUUUGCGAAUUCUGAUCCGUUCUCAUAUCUUGGAGAUAUGGAGUCGGAAAUCGCAGAACUGCGUACUCUUACCAAAGUUACUCAACUGAGAAAACAAAUUGAGUGUAGAGAAGAGGGGGCGUGGAUGGUUGUCAAGGAUAUUCCUGAUGAUAAGGCUCCUUCUGGUGUUAGGAAAGUGACUUCUUAUGGAAUGACCAAAAGAUCAGUAACCAGGUCAGUAUCGUCUAAUGUUGAUUUUAGUAAAACAUUUGGUGAUGAGAUGUCAGCUGAACCUUUGGUACAACUUGCUGAUGAAGAAUCAGAUCAAGAUUUAAAGCCUUGUACAGUACAAAUUACAGAAGUUUUUGAUGAGCCAUUGCGGAGAGACAUUCCAGAAUUUGAUAGACAAGUGUUACCUGAAAAACCAAUGAAUAAGAAGACAUCAGUUGUUACCCUAGGCAAAGGUAACUUGGUACUUAUAGAUCCAGAAGAAGAUGAGUCCAAUUUUCAUGUUACAGGUAUUAGUAAAGGGAAAGUUGCUGAUGUUGUUAACACUUUAGAAAAAAGUAAUGAGAAGAAAGUUAAAAAAGUGGGUUUCUGUAAAACGGAAGUUCAUUUUGCUCCAGAUUCUGGUAAGAUCAAUAUAGUAGAAACAGACGAAAAACCUCCACCAACUCAGGUUUUUAGAAAAAAGAAAAGGAACAGAGGCUCUAGAAGUCGAGGAGGUAACAAUUUACCUAAACAUUAUUUUGGAGAUAUGGAUGACUUUGGUGAGGAUUCAAAUCAAUCUAAUGAAUCAGAUAAAGAAGAUUCUAACAGUUCUUUUCACAAUCCUCAUGAUGUAACAGUUUUAUCUGCAGUUAGAGAAAAACUUCCAACUUUUGAAAGAACCAUCAAAUCAGAAGGUAAAGAUAUAAAAUAUCGUCAUUCUUCUCCAGAAAAACAUGAUUUUGACCUCGAAAAGAUUGAAUCAGAAGGAAAAGAGUUUUUAAAAAAAGUGAAGCAACCAUCAUUUAGAGACAAGUUCCUAAAAGAAACAAGUCAUAUACCAGAAAAACUUCAGUCUGAAAAUCACUCAAAUGUGAAUGAUCUUGUGAAAAAUCUUGAUAAACAUCCGAGGCUGAAAGACAACUUAUAUAUUUAUGGAAGCAAAGGAUAUUCAUCUCAAGAAAAAGAACUAUUGAAAUCACAUUAUAAGUUAUCUGAUGAUGAUUAUGCAUCUCUAUCUAACUUGAAGUCGCCUUCAAGAAAAGAUUCAGAUUUUUAUCACAAUAGGAAAGAAGUUAAGAAAAGUGAUGUUCCUUAUAAAGAGGAAGAAUCAAGUCAAAAUUUGAGAUAUACAGAACUACUGAAGUUCUCUUCCCCGAGUGAAGAGAGUGCUGAAAAAUAUCCGAACAAUGAAAAAAAUGUUCCAGAAGUUAGGAACAUACCAAUUAUUCAAACUGAUGGUGUUUCUGAAACUGAUUAUAUUAAGCCCAAAAGAAACAGUAUUAGUGAUAUUGUACUGGAUAUCUCUCGUGUUUCUAGGGUUCCUCUUGAUCAGGAUGUCAAAUCUAGUAUAUCAUUUCUUGGAAAUGUCAGUCCUAAAUUGCAGAAUCUAAUACAAAAUAGUGUUGAGCAUGAGUUCCAACUACGUCAGAAACAGAUUCUUCAGAAGAGAUCUGCAGAAGAAAAGAAACAAGUUAAAGGAACACAGUGUAAUGAUAGAGUUAAAUCAUCAGUAACUUUGAAUUCAGCACCGAAAAAUGAUAGUGACGAAAUCGUGGUUAGUAAAAAAGAACCAAAAUUAAAACCUGUCAAGAUAGUUACUCAGGUUCACUUAGGACCUGAAACUGAAACUAAGCAUGAAUUUCAGUUGAAGAGAGAGGAAAUCACAAAGAACCUUUUUAAUGAACCAAUAUAUGAUAAUAAAGAUUUUAAAUUAAAAGAAAGUUCUUAUUUGUUGAAUGAAGAACCAGUGCCAGCACCUAGGGGAAAGAAAGAAUCUCAGCUUAAGAAAGAUGAAAGCAAAGUCGUUCCCCCUAAACCGAAACCUCGAACUGUCACAUCGAUUUCUGUAGAAAAAAGUAGGACAUCUAAAACACCGACAACUCGAGUUGCUUCACGAACAGACAGUUCACUCUCUUCGAAGAGAGUUAGAUCUAAAGAAAGUAUUUCUAAAAGUCGAGAAUCAGAUAGGGUUCAUUCUCGGCCUUCUGUUUCUAAGGAUGAAGGAAAGAGUAGGAAAUUGCAUACUCAAGCUGCAAAGUCAGAAACUGUUUCUAGUCGAUCAGCAAGAGUCGUCAAAGUCACCCCAGAGGUGAAGGGAAAGAAAGUGACUCGGGAACCAUUAAGAAGCUUUGAAAAGGUAUCUAAUGGCUGGGUGGGCCACAUCGUUCCUUUGAAGCAGGAGGGUGUAACUGUGACUACUAAAGUCUACUCUAGCAGGACUGGGACCCAGGGAUCCCAUGGUUCAGGUUCCAGAAAAACUACACAGACGAGCUCAACAGUAAAGACGAGCCACAGCCUUAGCUCUAGAUUAGAUAACAGUCGAGAAAGUAAACAGUUUUCUCUCUCAAAGGAACACCUCAGUUCUGCAAAGUUAGUUAAACAGGUUUCUCCUAGGAGGGGAAGUAAUGCUAGAAAGGUUGAAAGGAAGGUAGAUAGUAGAAUCGGAAUAGACAGCUACCGACCAAGAACAAGACAAGAGUCAGAGCGCUCUGAUGAUUCUGUGAUUCAAGCCGAUGAAGAAGUGAGAGCAUACAUGUUUGACGGCCAUAAGAACAAGGUAUACUGAAACAUUUUUCAAUAUUUAUAGCGUCGAGAUAACAGAAACAGUAGAUGCUAACUGUCAUGGUGGUUGGUGGUAUGACGCUACCUCUUCUAUAUCUAUUGGCUGCUUCUGCUACGCAUCAUCUCCUGUAACCAGCCUGUUGAAAAUAUUAAUCAACUUAAAUUUAAAUUAUGUAUGAGAGUUAUUACAAUUUGGUGUUGGAACAGGCAAUAUUGGAAUAUCUAUAUCUUCCAACGCCUUGUAAAUAAGCAUGUUUUAGUUUUAGUUUAUGUAAUAAUUUAACACAUGCUUACAUAAUGUAAUAUGCUUCCUUGAUUAUAUCUAAUCAAUAUAUGUAGGGAGCAGUGGCGUCCAGUAGUGGCUGGUUCUCCUCUAAGUUCAGGGCAACAAUGAUAUUAACUGCGCCCUGUUUUUCUUUCUCUUUUGAACUAUCGCUUCUUUUUAAACAGCCAUCUUACAAAGUAGAAAAGGAAUUAUAAAUACUGAAAUAUAAUGUUGUUGAUCUUUCGUAGGAAGUAAAUUGUUGUCCAGUUUUAGAGGAUUCCUUCCGUUACUGCCGGGUUCUUUAGGAGAGAGCGGAAAUGAGCAGUGGGGACAUGGAAGACAUGACAGCAUCUUACAGCGAGAUCUGCGAGAGCAGUGUCGUCGAGGUUGGAGGCAGUCGACCUAGCCAGCUUGAGCUGCUAAACAGACUCGAGGGCACUGUGACCAAAGAGGGUCAGAUGAUUAGCUUUGUAGCUGAUGACUUGGAAGCAAAGCUAAGGUUAGCCUCACCCAGAGGGAUCCUUGCUGCCCUCGAGUCAGAGGCCUGCGCUGUUGCUGCCUCGGUCGACUCGCUUACUGAAUCUCUCUCUGAUACCCUCCAUGACAUAUCUUCUCUGACAGUAGACUGCUUGGAGGUGUAUACAGGUGUCGUUUGCAAGACUUGUGAUGCCAUUGAUGCUAACAUCAAGGCUAUGUACCAACUGAUGGCUAAAUGUGAAGAGCUAUCCAAGGCUAUGGCACCCAUCUAUCACCUCUCUGGCCAUGUCAAGAACAUCAAACACCUGCUCGACCUUAUUGAGGCCAGUCCUACGUAGUUUGUUGUCAGUUUUUACUAUCAUUAUUGUUAUUUGGUUGUUAGGACUGUUGAUUUAAGGUAUAACAUUUCGUAAUCUAAAAACUAUUCAUCAGCUUGGUUCAAAUUACUCUAAUGCUGCUUAGUUUUGUUGUGAGCCAUCUGCAUGGAAUCUUAUAAAAGACAUAUUCUGUUAUGCUUAUCGUUAUUAAUGAAAUAUAAGUUAUUACAAAGCUUGUUUUCUGUUAACACUCAUUAGGAUUUGUUUCUAGAAAUUUAUUAUCACCUGAAGUUUUGGUUGCUUUGCUUGGAUUAUCUUUUACUGUAAUCCAACUAUUUAUGAUCUCAUCAAGAUAUUCUAUAAGGUAGUUUGCUUGCUGUGUGCAUGUUUGAUAUGAAUGAUUAGUUAACCUAGCUGAAUUAUGAUAUUUUAUUAUUUCUUCAAAAUUUUGCAUAUCGCUACAGUUAGUGCAAAAGGUCGUAUGUCAAAAUUAAUUUUUUUUUUAAGGAGGGCAUACAAAACGAUUAUUUCUUUAUAAUUUAUUAGGAUAAUUUCAUAUUUUAUUUCUCUCUAUUAUUUUUCUAUUUGGCAGACUACUUACAGCAGUUGCAGACUACUAAAUGUCACCUUUAGUUCAAAGAGAAUAAACAUGUAAAAUUGUUUCCGUUAGAUAUGACAUUUUGAACUAACAGUAGCGAUAUUAUUGCCCAGAAAUAUAUAUUUUUUUCAAAUUAUUAAAGUGUAAGUGAAUUUAUUGUUUUUCUGUGGAUAUAGUUUUCCAAAUGAAAUUUUUCUUUUUAAUUCCGUAUGUUUCAUUAGCUUGAGAGAAUUUUUAUUAUCGUUGUUUCUUGAUUUUUAAACACUAUAUACUUAAAAUAAACCUAGCAGCAAUAAAAAAAAUAUAUAUAUAAAUUUUAUAUACCUAGCUGAAAGGUAUAUGUCAUGGAAAUGACAAUAUGAUUGGCUGUUUAUCACUUAUUAGAUUAGCCAACAUAUUUUCCCAUCAAAAGUUUAUUUUAUUAUAUGGACAAUAUAAGAGGCUAUCACUUUGCAGUCAUAAUUGUUCAUUUUAUUUUAUGUUUUACAUUUAGUUGUGUUUUUUUAACUGACCCCUUGAGAUAUCUCAGCAAAGUAGACAUCAAAGGGUGUUGUAAUAUAAGUAUUAUGUUAGUAAUUAUUUGUGUUAAACUCUCUUCUAAUCGAUUGGCUUGCUCUCUUCAAGAGAAUAUAAUUUAUAUUUAAUAAUAAUAUAAUUACAGACUGUGAUUCAUAUCUUUUCUUUUUUGAGCCUUAUAAACAUCAAGUAUUUAUUUUGCUCAAUUGAUUAUUUUACUCAUCCUUUUAGGUCUAUGUGAUUAAUUAAUUUAUGUAAGAUUUUCUAACUAAGUUUCUUAUGAAAUUUUGUUCUCUGGUCAAAUGAUUGUCAAGAUGUAAUUUGUAUAUUAUUUUAAUAUGUUUUAAUGACUGUUAAAACUGCAAAUAUUAGGUUUUUAUUCAUUACCGUUACCUAUUUUAAUUUCAAAAGGAAAGACAACUUGAAAUGCUUUUCCUGAAAUCCUACUGAAUCAUGCUGUGCUCCAUGAUAGGACACACUUCCUUAUCUUAAUCUUUCUGAAGUUUAAAGUAUGGUAUAAAAAGUAUUUCAAUGGAAUGAAAUCAUCAUAUUUAUUAAAACUGUGUUGUUAGUACUUAUUGAUUUUUAUAUAGUUUAUGUUGUUUGCUUUAUUUUUUCUACUUGCAAUGUUUUAUAUCAAAGCUGUCUUCAGUCCUGCUCUUGGUUUUAUUUAUUUAUUGAUCUUUAGACCAAGGAAAUGCUAACUAUAUACAUUUGGCAUGAAAUGUCAGCAUGUUGGGCAUUUAAAUAUAAAAAUGCAUUUUCUAUUUUAUACAUUUCAAUAAUAUUGAAAUAUCAUUUGAUUUAAUUUUAUAUCUAUCAUUUGCCUAAGAGAAGUGGAAAUGCUUCUGUUAAGCUAGGUUGUUAAAAAAUCUUGUAUUUCGAUAUUUCCUUGGAGUAAUAAUUCAUAGUUGCAGAAUGAGAUGUGUAUUGAAGAAGUACCUUUCAUCCAACAAACUUUAUUAUCGAUGAUGAUGAUAUAGCAACAUUAAAACGUAUUAAAGUAAUUAUUAUGCUGAAAUGUUCCUAAAUCUUGACAAUUGGUGUUGGAUGUAUCUUACUUGCCCUCGAGUCAUGUUUAUGUGAACAGGAGCAGAUCUUUCUCCUAAUACUCUGUUACUUACUGCCUAGCUUUGAUAAUUUGUAAUGUAAAUUUUUUGUUUUGUUUUUAAUCUAAUUUUAUAUUUUUGUAAGAUAAUUGUUCAUAUGUUUAUAUGUAUAAAGAAUUAAAAAAAAAGGUAUUUAUUAAUAAUGUCUUACAUAAUAUUCCUUGUUAGGAUUAUUUGUUAAUUAACAAUUUUAAUAUUGUUUCACUAUUGAUAAGUUUAUGUUGAGGAAGGUCUUUGUAAAAGUGUAUUUUACUCAUUGAAGGCAGUGAAUAAACUGUUGUUAUUGUUGCAAUAAUAGAAGUACUAAGGUAGGUUAAUACUUAGCCUGUUAGUUUCCAAUCAGACAGACUAUGUUUUGAGAAUGGGCGUGCACAUUAUAUUUUGUCUAUUACCUAUCCAUCUUUUUUUAAUUUAGUAUGAUUAGUUCCAAUCAUUGUAUAAGAGUACAGUUUAUGUGUUUCUACUUUAAGUACGAGUUAAGUGAAAUAUGUGCAAAAGACAAAUAAUUAGAACAAUGGUAUUUAUACUUUUUUUUAUAGUAUAGAUAUUAAAAUAUUUAAAAAAAUUAAUAAAUACCAAUAACAAAGAAAAAAUAACUUUUUUCUAAAUUGUAUCCUACCCAAAGGCCUGCUCCUCAUUUUUAUUAUAAAAUUCUGCAGGAAGGAUUAACAAGUUCUUCAUAUUAUUUUUUUGCUUUCCUUUAUUACUUUGAUGUUCCAGGCUUUCUCCCCCCCCAUUUUCAAAAGAUGCUAACUUAUUGUUUAAUGAUUUUCUUUCCAUAUUAUGAAAGUUUCAACGUUAUUAUUAAUUUUUUCUCAUUGUUUAUUAAACUCUCUCUUACAAAUCUACCACACUGUAGAGGCUAGUCUAAUUCAUUUAAUAUGUUUUUAUUCCUUACUUUGUUGUACAUCUUAUAACUAGCCCCAGAAUAUAUGGAGUUAUACUCUAGCAGAACUAUCAAGUUUAAUCUGAAAUUCACAUCUCCACCAUUUUAUCUUGUCCCUUAUAACUCUAUUCAUAAAAUGGAUCCCUUUAAAAAAUCCAUUAUUAAGUAUGCUACAUUCCUAAUGGGUCUCUUUGAAUCGCAAGUCUGCAAUGCUCUUUCUUUUUUAUAUAUUUAAAUGACAUCUGUUCGUCUAACUCACUCCUGAAUCUACGUAGUUCUAAGGCUGCUUAACUGUAUGAGUUGCUAUAAAUGACAGUAUACUGAUCGGUUUAAUUGAUAAUAUUUAAUAAAAGAACAUAAAAAGGAUAAAGCUUUAGGAGACUACCAUCCUAAAUGUCUAAUGUUAUCAUUUAUUUAUUGUUUUAUUUUUUCCUCAUUUCUGUUCCUAGAAUUCAUGGAGCAAUGGCCAGAAUGAAUAUAGGUGAUGGUGCAGGAUUCCCAGCGAGUCUAAAAUUAUUGAUUCGACCAUGCUCUGUAGCUGAUUCCUUUCAAUACCCAGCUUUUCCAAAAUAUUAGCAGUUGAAAGAGGAAUUGCCCCUCUACUUUUUAGACUUUUGUGCAGUCCCUAUUCAUCUUAAUGUAAUGACUGGUUUUGAAAAUAAUUUAUUGAAGCUGCUACAGUUUCUAUAUUUUUAAAUUUUAUUUAUUGUAUGGUAUUUGUCACUCUUAUCGAGUGGACAUGGUCUUUGCUCCUGUAUUCAAAUUGUUAGAGUAUUCAGUGAUUAAACAUGCCUUGGAGGUGUCCGCGAUGUAAGCUUGGCUCCUCCUUAGGCUUAGAAAAAAAAAAUGUAUUACAGCUACUACUACAUAAUUUCUGUAUUUUUAAAUUCUAUGUAUUGUAUUGUAUGGCAUUUCACAGCAAAGACGAGUUUGAGUUAUAAUUAAGAAUCAUGAGAACCUUAUAUUCUCAACUGAUCAUAUGCUCCAGAUGAAUAAUUAGAUCUAAGUAGAGUUAAGAUUUCAAAUUUUGUGUUACAAGUAAAUAAUAUAUAAUCUGAUUGGUCCUUGACAAAAUUAUCAUUUGUCACUGACUAUCUAUAAUAGUCAAGCUGGAAAGCCAAAAUUGGGGUACAGAUAAAACAAAGUAGAUAUUCUUUUUAAGAUUGAAUUUUAUUAAUAAAUAUAAAUUUGUAAUACAAAAUUUGAAAAAAAAAUAAAUAAAAAUUAUAUGAGAACAAUGAACACAAUUAACUGAAAUAGUUCGUAAAAACUUACACAAAGUAAUAAAUUAUAUUGGUAGUUUUACUAUGUUUAACAAACUUAUACAACUUUUAUUGUAUCCAAACAAAAAUAAUAAAUCGUCACAAUACAUUAUUAAAACCUGGAUGAACAGAAGAAUAUAAAUAAAUUACCUUGCAAUUUAAUAAACUGAGAUUAUUUAAUUUAAAAUAAUAUAUGGUUUUUAUCAGCUAUUAAAUGGAAAUAUUUCUCUUUAAUCUAUAGUUUUUCUAAUGGAAAACCUUGAGUAAAUCAGUAGCAUACUUAUAUAUAUAUUAAUAUAUAUCUUAAAUCUAUUAAAAAUGUUUCUUUAAAAUUAUUUUACAAAGGUAAAAUCCUAUCACAAUUAGAUUAAAACAUGUCUCAUAAAAUAUCUAUUAUAUUUAACUUUUAAAUAAUCAGGUGAUAUUUAAAUUCGAAUGCUCUUAUAAACCACAGCUCCUUCAAGAAAUGUCUUCAAAAACAUAAAUUUCAAACACAUUAAUAAUUACAAAAAUAUAAAACAAAAAUUGCACAUCAAUACAUGAAUAAAGGAACUUAAAAAUGGUAAUUUUUGUUCCGCAACGAAAGCAUGCCUACUUAGCCAUGUAAGUAGAAUUUAAAUCAAUUUAUUUCUCAAAAAUAAAUUCGUUUUCCGUCAAAUUCCAUCACAAAAUAUAACUAGAAUCAAAACUAGAUAGUUAUAGUGUCACAUCUUCACUCUAAUCAUGACUAGUAAAGAAUAAAUAAGAAUGAAAAUAAAAUGCACCUAAUACACGCCAGCUAUCAUGAGAAAAAAACAAACAAGAAUGGCACACCAAUCACUUAAUUUGUGCGAAUGGAGAAACUAAAACCACCAACCAACUACAACAUGCAGGAAUGUGAAGCAGCAUAAACUGCUGGACAGAUUCAAGAGAAGCAAGUAUGUUUAAGUAAAAGUAAGCAGGUUGUAAUCCUUUGUCUAUGGUUAUACCACUACUGUACCAAACUUCACAAUUUCAAUCUGUUUAUAUAUAUAUGUAAACAUAUUUGGCAAAGAAAAAAUUGGUCACAGAUAAGAGAUUCACAUCGAACAUUAUUAAAAAAAAAAAAAAGGGGGGCAUAUUCCUUCACCAUUUACACAAAGCAACAAUCAGUUGAAUUCAAAAGCAAAUUAAAACAGCAAAUUUUUUUUUAUUAUCAGCAAUCAAACAAGAUAAGCUCUCUUGGUUUCAAGAAAUAAUUUUCAAGUUCUCCAUGACAAACAGGUCCUACAAUGAUAAAGAUUAGUCAAUAAUUGCUCAUUCACCCUGCAUAAUGGAUAAAGAAGGAGACAAUUAUUCAGAGAUUCUACAAUAAACAUUAAAAAAUAGAUUAUUAUAUCAAGCGCGCUCAGCCCAGGCCUAUACUGGCUACACUAUAACACUGACACAAAUAAACAGGUCAGUAUAGAAUGUAAAAAAGAAACACAAGCACACACAGAAUGUAGUCCACGCCUCGGCUAGACAGUAACGGCAGGGGCCGGUGUAGACGGGCCAGGCUGAGGCGCGGGCUGUGCUCAGUUGGCGCCUUGGUUGCAUAGUCUGUAGCAUCGCACAUCAUUAGCCAAGCGGAAGAUGUUUUGAGUGAAUGAUGGUAAGUCCUAUAACAAAGACGAUACUUUAACAUUGUAAAUGAAGCAAUAACAUAAUUUGAUGUUGACUAACUUAAUUCCAAAUAAUUUUCUGUGAAUACUAAACUGGAACUAUGUGAAUCUCAAACUUGAAUAACUAAUACAAUCACUUACAGUGUCCGGUUUGAUGUUUUUCUUCAAGAUGUCUCUUUGGGUGUCAUCUAAGCCGGAUGUUUGUGACAGGAACUGAGGCAGAAAUGAGUUGAAGAAAGUGUCAAAGUUAACAGCAGCCAUAUUGUAGAUAGCUGUAGCUAUCUCCUCAUUGAACAGCGCAUGGGUCUUAUUUAUCAAAUUGGUCAACAACACUGUAAGCAGCAGUGCCAGGAAUUGUACUCGAAACAUAUCCUAUGAAAUGAGAAAAUAUUCAAAUGAAAAAAGAUUUUUUUUUUUUUAGUUUAACUACUAAUAUGCUUUUGUUUAUUAUUAAAAAAAAGGUGAUAUACCUUGUGGUAAAGCUUCCACUUAUGGUUGAUAGACUCAAGCGCUUGCAGGUUCUGUGAGAAUAUUGAAAGGUCAGGCUGAGUCAGCGACUGCCCAAAUGCUGUCAAGAUAGCAGCGAGCUGGUCACCAUGUUCUAAUACAGGCUGACAGUCCUGUACAGCACCCUGGUAGAAGUACUGCCACUUGUGCAUAACCAAGCUGUUAAAUAAAAUAUUUUGUUCAAUAACUGAUAAAAUAUUUACAGAAAUGAUUAUGUUUACAAAUGAAUAUGACUAUUUUCGAUAACAUUCUAGCCAAAAUUGAACCUAGACUUGUGAAGAUAUGGAUGGACUAAUUUCAAUCCAAAUUGAAUGAUACCCGAAGAAUUAUUUUAAAAAACCCUAUUUUUUAUUUUAUGCCAGGGAAAUGGAAAAAAUAUUAACACUAAUAUCUUCAGUGAAAACUUAUUUAUUAAAUCAUAUUUACUCUUUGUACGUGUUGUAUUUUUAGAUAAACCAUUUACGGGCGGGGUGGCCGAAUGGGCUAACGUGUGUGCACAACACCGCCGUAGUCCGGCAACCUGAUAUAUGAAACAAUGGAUUUAAAAUAGUCAAGAGUUCACGUCCCGGUGCUGGGAGUCUUCUAAAUCUCUGCCCACACCCCCUGGCUCUGGAAAACCCCGUAUAGCAUUAAAGGGGAGGACCCCCCCUCAAAAAAAAGAUAAACCAUUUACUAAUCAUUGCUAAAAUUCCUACUACACCAUAUCUAACUUGCAAUAUAAAAUUAUGAAUUACUUCCUAAUUAACACUUCAUAUUAUAGUUCAACACUCAUUUUAUAGAAAGUUUACAGAGUGACAAUAGCAAUGAAAUAUACAAUACAAUGCUUCCCUAUCUUUGGUAGUGAUAUUCGUUUGAACGCUAUACUAUUAUCCAUAUGGUUGAGCUCCCUAACUCUUACAGCAUCGCUCCACUAUACCUGGUUUUAUUGAAAUGCAUGUAUUUCUAUUUAUCGCUCUAUUCUUCUUACUGCUCGAUACUCCACAAUGAGGUUGGCUCAUGUCACAGAUGGAGGGAUUGAUUAAUUAAUAUGUAAAUAAAUAUACAAAGGAAAAAUAAUAUAAUGAUCCUACACCCAUUGCUCAUGCUGAACAGCAUGAUUUUACAUUGGAUAAUUGUUUGACAAUGAAUUCUUUUAAACCUUGUUAAUUAAAUUCCUAUAAAAAGAACUGAU